GCGAGCGCUUCUCCUGCAAGCUUCCUGUUAGCGUGCAUGGCAAGCUACCCAACGCCUUUGUGAUGCGUGCAGGUGAUGCCUGCUAGAGGUAGUGCAAUUCUGCACCUGCCAUGCGCGAUUUUUGCCAUAGUUCUGAUCCUCAUCAACGAGGUGCUGCUAUCGGCACUGCCCGUGCUGCAGAAAUCCAGCACCCAGACCUACACUCCGAGCGACAUAAAGCUCCCGCCAGCGGUAUCUGCCGAAAAUUGGUUCGGAUGCAAAGGAGAGGAUGGCUUGGCGGAGCCAGAGGCUACAUCUUGGAGCGACCUGGGCAACUCGCUGUCCAAGCUGGAUCCAGACUCCUUGCGCAUUCUUCCUGGCAAGGAUGGCAAGAUUGCCGCGGGUGCUCGAAGAUGGAUGACCUUCGGCAUGUCCUCCAUCAAACGGCCCAAGGCAUCCUACUUGGGCAUCACUCUGUCACGCAUGUUCAAUGUUUUGGACUUGGACGAGGCAAAGACUGCAAUCAUUGUGCAUUUGGCGGACUUUGACGAGGAAUGGGUGCUGCAAACCGCCAGCUGGCUGCGAGAUUCAUUCACCAGCGAGGUGGGCGAUGGCCGACUACAAGCCAUUCACGCGCCACGCAGCUUGUAUCCGCUGAAGCAAGCGGAUCUGAAGGCGCUGGAUUUGAGUGGUUUCUACGACUCCAGACUGAACACCAAGUAUUUCAGGCAGGAGAAGAUGGUGGGCGGCCACGUGACAUACGCGACCCAGGGUGGCCAGUAUUUACUCUUUUGGUGCAGCCAGCAGCCUGGUGCUGCGGGGGUCGCACACCGAAGGUGGGUGGUGGCUGCGGCGGACUGGGAGUCCGUUCAGCAGGCAAGGGGCUGCGGCUCACUGGCAGUGGCCCGGGCACCGGAGGAGAUGGAGGUUUUGGACCCCAUCAUCAAAGGCUGGGAGGAGUGGAAGCAGGAUCGCUGGCAGGCGGCCAGCGGCCAAGCCGGCAUUUCCCAUCUGGAUCUCAAGGAGGGUGAGCUGCUGAAGUUCGGUGACAGCCCAAAGAGGCAGUGGUGGAGAACAAAGCAAAACUUGGACUAUACCUUCCUAAUGUGGUACAGCGCGGGCCUCUCGGACUACUACAUGCAGUUGGAGGAUGAUAUCCAGCCGGUGCCUCACUUCAUCCUGUCGGUUCGCAGCUACAUCACCCGAAGUCUCCUGGGCCAACACUGGGUCAUGGCAUCCUUCUCCUCCCUGGGAUUCAUCGGCAAGAUGUUCAACACUAGCCAUCUUCCUUCCUUGGCGCAGUUCCUGCUGACCUUCAGCACGGAGGCGCCGUGCGACUGGCUGGUGUGGGUGUGGAUCGACGCCAUGAGCCCUUGGCCGGUGACGCCUGACAUCCCCAAGGAUGUGGAGAAGGAGAAGGAGAAGAGGGACGAGGCAGCAAAGCAGGGCAAAGAGGCCAUGAAGAAGCUGGGUUCCAUGCGUGACGACCUGCAGCCGUACUACCUCAACCUUUCUUCCUGGCCAAAGCUGUUCCAGAGCGCAGAGGCAAGCAUCAUUACCGUGAAGACGCCACUGCCAGUAAAUGGUGCUGUAGACCCGAACUUUCACAACGCGACGGUCGUGACGAACAUGAUUCCCUACGAGGCGUUCAUGGCCAAGCUGGUAUAUCCGCACGGAGACCCCAUGGGCUUUUGGACGUCAGACACCUGCAAGGAUCGCAAGGUUCAAGGCUGUCAGCUCGGCAAGAAGUACCUCCGUUUGAUCUUUGAGGAGCCGCUGAGUGACACUGUGAAGGUGUCGCUACGCCAGAGCCGGCCCGGCCACGAGGCGGACUUCAUCCGCCAGGGCUCUCUCCUCUCGUCGAAGGACGUGAGCUGCGGAAAGCCCGUGCGCCUCAAGGCGCUCGCCCAGCCAGAGGAGACCUGGGAGGGACCUUUGGAUGAGGUUCGCUGCUUGGAGGUGACCCUGGACAAAGGUCAGGAGGAGUGGAUUGCUAUCCGGGAGAUUCUGGUCGAGACCCCGAGGAAGCUCAUAGAGAGUGAGACGAGGCCGUAUCCAUCUCACACCUCUGCCUCGCACUCCUCAUACGCCUUGCGUCAUGCGUUGGCCGCUGCGGUUGUGGGCUUCUUGUCUGGCACGAUGGCGUGGCUGGUCAUUUGGUACAACGAGGGCACCGUGCGAUCCGUGGGCUGUUUUGCGCCCUGGACGAUGGUCUAUUUGCUCCUUCUGGACGCGGGUAUGCUGAGCAUCGUUCAGACCCAGCCAAUUCCACCCGCACGGCUGGAGUUUGAGCCCGCAACGACCUCUGGCGCACCUGUUGCCUCCAACGAGAUUGGCAGCUGCAAGAAGGGCAGACGUUCCAGGGGUCUUCCCAUGGACUGGCGACUUUUGCAAUCUGGCAUUGCCCUUGUGGACGAAAGGCGUUUGAAACACCUAGGCCCCGCCAAGGACCCGCGACAGGGGCCGGUGACAAAGCAUCGCGUUUCCAUCGGUGUGAUUGCAGAGGCUGAGAUGGAUGCCGCAGCUGUUGCCGAUGCAGUUCUAGCACUGCUGGCACGAGGCAGUGGGCAAGUCACUGUGGCGGUGCUUGUUGCGAACCAAGUUACAGGACGACGGCAUGAAUUGGUGCGAAGACUGCAGGGCACACUUGCGGAGCGCACUGAUGAGGCCUAUAGAGAUUUAGUACAUUUGCUGGACCCUUCACCUGCUUUAUAUCCUGAACGCCCUGCACGCACAGCCAAUGUCGACCUGGCAUUGCUCGCACGUUUCCUAGAGCCCUUGGCCGAGACUUUUAUGGUUGUAGAGCCGAUGGCUGCUCUGGUGCCAAAUUACUUUGACCAUAUGAAGCGCUACAUCGAUAUGCUGGAGUCUUCUGGCAUACCCUGGAUUGUAGUGGAGUUCAGUCCGCAGGGGUAUCGACGCAAGCUGGUUCGCUCCAGGCUUCUACGGCGGUUUCAAGAGAUGCUGCUCAUGUUCCCAGAGGCCCCAGCAGAUUUGCUGUUUUGGGACUUUAUCGACGUGGUCGGUAAUGAGACAGCGCCCAAGUCGAUUUACCUUGGAACGGAUGCGGGCAAGCGGUGGCGGCCAGAUGUGAAGUUGCAGCACAAUAAGGUUACAGCCAUCUUGGAACACCUUGGCGACGUAUCCUCUUUGGAGGGCAAAGUACAGAGGGCGCAGGAGUCUUACUUCAAGCAGCACAAGCUGGUGGACUCGCUUUUUGACAAUCCGCCUGCCAAGCUCUAUACCAACAUGCCUGAGACUCGGCCGGAGAUCUUGCAGUCGGUCUACGACGGCUCGGAGGUGAUCGGCCAGGUGACUUGUGGCGGGCACUCAGCCAAGAGCUGCAGCGAAUGUCCCCAAGGGCAUGGGGCGAGCUGGUGCAACCUGGACUGCGGCUGGGUGGAGGGUUCCUGCAAGGCCCUGUUCAGAGCCUCCGCUGUGUCCUCGCACCAGGAUCUUUGGCUUGAGCUGGUCUUUGAGGAGCCGCAAGAUGUGGAGAUUGUCAACCUCCGCAUGGGGGGUACAGUCAAGCCGCCCUGUGACAAGUGCAAAGACACACCCGGUGCUGAGUCCCCCGACGAUGACUUCAACCACGCCUUGGACGACGCAGAGAUGCUGCUGGGACAAGGCUUCUCCAUGGGCAGCGCUUGCAGCCGGUACUUCAAAGUUCAGAACGUGGUCGGGCGAGAGGUGUUCUGGAAAAGCAACCACGGCCGUGCGGAGAAGUCAAUCCGCUGCAUCAAGAUCUCCUUGCCUCGUGCCCAGCAGCAUCCUUUGAUCCUUCGGGCCCUCGAUGUGCGAACCUCCAAGGCAGGGUACGACAAGGCGGCCAAGCUUGCAGCAGCUGGAUUCAACGUGCCUGUGCGGGCGCGUUUUGGCUUGUCGCUGCGCGGCUCGCAGUUCGGAGUGGCCACAGAGGCAUCGCUUUGGCAAGAGCAGCAUUUGGAAUGGGUCUUGCUGCUGAGCGUGGCGCUGGUGUCCGGCGCCUUCGCAGGUGUCCUGGGCUGCCUGAGGCCGCGGCCGAAGCGCCGGAAGGUGGCGGCGUCCGCCUGAGGUGCGAUGGGACGGCUCUGCGCCGAGCCGGGCGCGCGAUCGAGCCGGGCGUGCGAGCAAAGGUCUCGCGGGGUCGCGUGUUCGAGGGACCUGGAGAAGAAAAAUCAGGUCGCAGCUGUGCGUUUGUUCCAUGCAGCUGUGGCGGAAGUUGCAUGCAACGUCCUGUUCGGGAAUGUG